AUGAUAUGGCGAAGCAGAGCUGGUGCUGAAUUGUUCUCUCUGAUGGCUCCAUGGGAGUGGAUAGCACUGAGUCUUCAUUGCUGGGUUUUAGCGGUUGCUGCUGUUUCGGAUCAGCAUGCCACAAGCCCCUUCGACUGGCUCCUCUCUGAUAAGGGACCCUUCCAUCGUUCACAGGAAUACACAGAUUUUGUGGACAGAAGCCGGCAGGGAUUUAGCACAAGAUACAAGAUAUACAGGGAGUUUGGCCGCUGGAAAGUAAAUAACCUUGCAGUUGAGAGAAGAAAUUUCCUUGGCUCCCCUCUGCCUCUUGCCCCUGAAUUCUUCCGCAACAUAAGACUUUUGGGACGUCGACCUACCCUUCAGCAAAUCACAGAAAAUCUUAUCAAGAAAUAUGGGACGCAUUUCUUGCUCUCUGCUACUCUGGGAGGAGAGGAGUCACUCACAAUUUUUGUGGACAAGCGGAAGCUGAGCAAACGAUCUGAAGGAAGUGACCCCAGCACCAACAGCUCCUCGGUUACUCUGGAGACUCUGCAUCAACUGGCUGCGUCCUAUUUCAUCGACAGGGACAGCACCCUUCGGAGACUUCACCACAUUCAAAUCGCAUCCACUGCCAUAAAGGUAACAGAAACACGAACGGGUCCUCUUGGCUGCAGUAACUAUGACAACCUAGAUUCUGUCAGUUCUGUUCUGGUUCAGAGUCCUGAGAAUAAGAUUCAGUUGCAAGGGCUGCAAGUUCUACUUCCAGACUACCUUCAGGAGCGUUUUGUACAAGCAGCUUUGAGCUAUAUUGCUUGCAACUCAGAGGGAGAGUUUAUCUGCAAGGACAAUGACUGCUGGUGUCAUUGUGGCCCCAAGUUCCCAGAAUGCAAUUGCCCUUCCAUGGACAUUCAAGCCAUGGAAGAGAAUCUUCUUCGCAUAACUGAAACCUGGAAAGCUUACAACAUUGACUUUGAGGAAUCAGAUGAAUUCAAGUUCUUUAUGAAAAGGCUACCCAUGAAUUAUUUCCUCAACACAUCUACCAUAAUGCAUUUGUGGACAAUGGAUUCUAAUUUUCAGCGCCGCUAUGAACAACUGGAGAACAGCAUGAAGCAACUUUUCCUAAAGUCACAGAAAAUUGUACACAAGCUCUUUAGCCUUAGCAAGAGGUGUCAUAAACAACCCCUCAUCAGCCUGCCAAGACAAAGAACUUCAACUUACUGGCUCACUCGCAUCCAGUCUUUUCUCUACUGCAAUGAAAACGGCCUUCUGGGCAGUUUUUCAGAAGAGACGCACUCCUGCACGUGUCCCAACGACCAGGUGGUCUGCACGGCCUUCCUGCCCUGCACGGUGGGCGACGCGGCCGCCUGCCUCACCUGCGCCCCAGACAACCGCACCCGCUGUGGCACCUGCAACACGGGCUACAUGCUGAGCCAGGGCUUCUGCAAACCCGAGGUCGCCGAGUCCACCGACCACUACAUCGGCUUCGAGACUGACCUGCAAGACCUGGAGAUGAAGUACCUGUUGCAGAAAACCGACAGGCGGCUGGAGGUGCACGCCAUCUUCAUCAGCAAUGACAUGCGCCUCAACAGCUGGUUCGACCCCUCCUGGCGCAAGAGGAUGCUCCUCACCUUAAAGAGCAACAAGUACAAGUCGAGCCUGGUCCACAUGAUCCUGGGUCUCUCUUUACAGAUCUGUUUGACGAAAAACAGCACCCUGGAGCCCGUGUUGGCCAUCUACAUCAACCCCUUCGGAGGCAGCCACUCUGAGAGCUGGUUUAUGCCUGUGAAUGAAAACAGCUUCCCCGACUGGGAACGGACUAAGCUGGACCUCCCCCUGCAGUGUUACAACUGGUCGCUGACUCUAGGGAACAAGUGGAAGACGUUUUUUGAGACCGUGCACAUCUACCUGAGGAGUCGCAUCAAGUCAAACGGCCCCAACGGCAACGAAAGCAUCUACUACGAACCCCUGGAGUUUAUUGACCCAUCUCGGAACCUGGGUUAUAUGAAAAUCAAUAACAUUCAAGUGUUUGGCUACAGCAUGCACUUUGACCCGGAAGCCAUCCGGGACCUGAUUCUGCAGCUGGACUACCCCUACACUCAGGGAUCCCAGGACUCAGCACUUUUGCAGCUUCUAGAGAUAAGAGACCGUGUAAAUAAACUCUCCCCGCCUGGUCAGCGUCGUCUAGAUCUCUUCUCUUGCUUGCUUCGUCAUAGACUCAAGCUGUCUACUAGUGAGGUGGUGAGAAUCCAAUCUGCUCUGCAGGCGUUUAAUGCCAAAUUGCCAAACACAGUGGAUUAUGACACGACCAAAUUAUGUAGUUAA